UCAACAAUUGUUGCCACAAAAGCUACUGGCAACCGAACUACUCACGUACUCAUAAAUCGCUCCAAUAACACUAUAAUCGCUGGUAACACUACACAACGCCUGCAGCAUGCUAAAAUUUUGAAUAAACCACCGACAAAUAUUGCAGCGACCGCCGUUAUCGCUAAUAAGUCUCAAAUUAAUCAUAAUUCUCAUUCUCCUGCCAUACAAGCUGUGAAGCUGCAACAACAACCACUGCGCCAAAACAUUUCGGCCUUGCAACAAAUUAGGCAACAAACGCAACAGCAGCAGCAAAAACAACAACAACAACAAAAGAUACAACUAGUUAAGCCCAUCGUUCACAGUAGCAAUGCGGUGACAGUGACGGCCACGAAAACAACAACAGUAGCCAACAUGGCUGCGACUUCACGCAAUCUAUCGACUGUUACGCAAGUUAACGGUGUUCCCAAUUUAGUUCCUAACAGCAACAGCAUCACCAACAACAAGAGUGGAACUAUGACAACUUCCACAUCGGCAACUUUAUCGGUGAAAACGUUACCGACUGCAGCUGUAUUCCCGCAAAAGCAGCAACAGUUGCAGUUGCAGGCCCAACAACAAAUGCAUCAACAACAUAGCCAAAACCAAAUUCAACAACGUCAAUCUCAGCAGCAGGGACAAUCUGAGGAACAUAAACACGUAAUUGCCCACUCUCGUACUAUACCCGCCACAUCUCUGCCUGCGACAACAGUUGCUGCCACACCCGAUGGUACUGCCAUCACGGAAGCUGCUGAGCCUGAGGUUGAACCGGAGAUUGACAUUGUCAUCAACAACGUGGUUUGCUCGUUCAGUGUGCGAUGUCAUUUGAAUCUGCGUGAUAUUGCUCUCAAGGGUCUCAAUGUGGAGUAUCGUCGCGAGAACGGUAUGGUGACAAUGAAGCUGCGAAGACCUUAUACGACUGCGUCCAUCUGGUCAUCAGGUCGAAUCACCUGUACAGGUGCCACAUCUGAAGAACAGGCGAAAAUUGCAGCACGCCGUUAUGCACGCGUCCUUGAAAAACUUGGGUUCCGUGCCCGUUUUCACAAUUUCCGAGUAGUGAACGUACUGGGCACAUGCAGCAUGCCGUGGGCCAUUAAAAUUUUAAACUUCUCUGAAAGGUACAAGAAAGAGGCGAGUUACGAGCCCGAAUUGCAUCCAGGUGUUACAUAUAAAUUGCGCUUUCCAAAGGCUACUUUGAAAAUUUUCUCCACCGGCAGUAUUACUGUGACGGCUGCUAGUGUUGCUAAUGUGCAGGCUGCUAUUGAACAUAUCUUCCCACUGGUCUACGAGUUUCGCAAAAAACGCUCACCCGAAGAGUUGGAACAGUUGCGUAUUAAGCAACAACAGGCGGCUUUGGUUGAUACUACUGAAUUGGAGGAGGUGCUAGAUAGCGAUAUUGUCGUUGAAACUACCCAAAGUGUGCCAACAUUACAGCGCAGGCGUUCAUGCAAUAACGUAAUCAAUAAUUUUAAGCAAAAGCGUAGAAGACUGGGCAGUGAUGCCGAAGAUGGAACGUUAGCAGCAGCUGCUGAAGAAGUUGACGAUCCUGAGGCAAAAGAAAACGAUGAUAAUAUUGUUAUGUACGAUCCGGACGAUUUAAUUGAAGGACCUGAUGAUGAGGAAGUAUAAAUGCGAUAUGUGAUGUGUGUUUCUCUCGUUGGUAGAGGGGAGUGUUAAAAAGCAUUCAUGCUGUUUGAUUAUGUAUUAUGGUUUCAACAAAAUUUCUAUACAUAAUGUAAUGUUUUAUCUACGAGAAGAAAAUGACUUUACUA